AUGAGGUGAUGAAAUACACCUGUAGAUUACACGCUUCUCCACAUCCUCGUGGUGCACCAUAGUUUCUCUAACUAUUACAGUGCACCUUCUUCCCUAUUGGUUAGUAAGGAGAGCCGUUAGUCACGUCAUACGACACCCCCCCCCACACACACACACAGUCGCCAUAUUUGGUAGAAGCGUCUUUUUGUCGUCGUUUAAAACCGACAUAAUCAGUAAAAUGCGGGUAACGGGACGGUUCUGUAUGUUGUGUAUUAUAAAGCGGACACGGACACCUUUAGGGGAUGAAAGUGUAAUAAAGAAGAAGGAAAAUAAACUGUGCGGUUUGAUUCAGGAAGACACCGGAGGAUAAUCUGUCUUCGAGAUGUCAGUCAUGUCACAAAACAUCACCAAAUUUUGUGAUGAAAUUAAAUUUGAUAAUAAAUUCAACUACACAUCAGGUCUCUCAUACAGCUCUGACUGUGAGCCGACAUGGUACGCACAGAAUAAGACGGCCAUCGGUGCUGAAAUGUCAUUGGUUCUGGAUGUCUGCCUGAUGUGGGUUCGGCUGCUUAUAAGGUGCCUCGGGUCACAAAACAAGGACGAGUACAUCUUCCAAGUUACAAACCGCACCACAUCUAGAGGUGUAACAGAACCUACCAAAACAGAUGAUCAUAGAUACAACUAUAUGUGGCUGCUCGUUCUUCUGGUUCUUCUGGUUCCUCUGAUUGUGUAUUUGGUUCGGCGCAAAAGAAAACAAGAUUACAGCCUGAAACCUGAUGUUGAAAAUGGUGUGAAAGAGGAGGUUCAGGAACUGAACGGUCACCCCGAUGGCAGCCCGAAACAUGAUGACGGUAAUAAAGACGAUCCGAACGGUUAUGCUGAGAUGAUCCUAAUGAACUACAUCAAACCACAGAAUGAAGUGGAAGAUGAAGCUCCAAACAGUCAUGCAGUCGUGAACGGACAUGUGCUCAUGGCACAUGGAUAGAUAUGUGAGGAUUAGGUAGAGAAAUGUUGUUGACCUUUUUCAUACAAAAUCAAAAAACAAGCUUUAAGACAUUCCUUCUGUAUGUGUCUGUAUAACAUGAUACUCAGUUAAACACCCAAACUAGAUGGACAAAUACUGUACGCUCACUAGAGAGUACAGGCAGCAUUAAACAUUCAAAAAAAUACCCCAAUAAUGUGAGUAGUUCUAUGUGCCACAAAGCACACAUUUUAAACAAAUUGCAAUAAAUCUAUUUAUUAUGUAUUACAGAUUGUAGAGUUUAUUAUUCCACCAGCUGGUGCUUUUGCACAAACAAAAAACCAAAAGCAGUAAAAAAGAAACUGAACCUGUUACAGAGCUGCCUGAUGUAUUUAUAUGUUUAAAAAUUUGUGUAUUUGUAUUUUACCAUAUUGAAUGUAAUUACUGUUUGAUAAUUAUUCAUAUUUUAACGGAGUGAAAGGCAGUAUUUUAUUUUUUCCAUAAGUGCCUGGUGGUUUCUGUGAAAUUAUGCAUUAAUGUGCUAUAUUUCUAUGCAACCAGAUGAUCAUGGCUAGUUUGCCUUGUUCAUGAUCUCCUGGACAAAUUCACUGUAUUCCAUAAACUGUGUUUCUGUGACCAAGUUUUCACUCCAUUUUUGUUUCUCCUGAAUGUAGCUUUCAGUUUAUAUGUUUAUAUGUAUUUGUGUGUAUGUGGGUGUGCUUUACUAAUACUGUUAGUGCAUUCAAUAUAUCAUUAAUCAAAUCACUGCAGCAUUCAAACCUUUGCACUUCAUGUAAAUAAAAAAAAUCCAUGUUUUAUAAUGUAUUUAUUUAUUUUCACAUAUAUCAAUAAAAGUAAAUAAAGCAAA